CCAUUUUCAACUCAACUGGCGGCUGUCGGUCGCCGUGCUUUGUGCUUAUCAGUUUGCCUAUAGAUCUUGCCGGCGCCAGUUGUGCCAUUUUUUGCUCACAUUAAAACAUAAAUACAAACAAGAUGUUCAAGAAAACUGUCUUCAUGCUUGUCCGUAGCGACUUGCUCGCUCAAAAUCGCGCUAUGUCCAAUGUUGGCUUCAUUGGCAUGGGCAAUAUGGGUGCCAAGAUGGCGACCAACAUGAUCAAAAAGGGCUCGAAACUAAAGGUGUUUGAUGUUGUUGAGAGUGCCGCCAAGAGCGUGGCAGGCGCGACUGUAUGUAAAACUCCACAGGAGGCGGCAACUGAUGUAGAUGUUGUGUUCACCAUGCUUCCCGAUGGUCACGUUGUAAAAGAUACUGUCCUACGGGCCGACGGCAUCACAAAAGGCAUUAAAAAAGGUGCUUUAAUGAUUGAUUGCUCUACAAUCGAACCAAAACACGCACAGGAAUUGUCCGCCAUUGCUAAGGACAACGGAUACAGAUUUAUUGACUGCCCUGUUUCCGGUGGUGUAACUGGUGCCGCAGCCGCCACUCUGACCUAUAUGAUUGGUGGUUCAAAAGACGAUGUUGAGACUGCCAGGCCAUAUCUAUUACAAGCCGGAGCCAAAAUAUUCCACUGCGGAGGACCUGGUGCGGGCCAGAUCGCUAAACUCUGCAAUAACUUGAUUCUUGGUGUCACAAUGGCCGGUACUGCAGAGUCCUUCAAUAUGGGUAUUCGCGCUGGUCUCGAUCCCAAGGUACUUACCGAUAUUAUUAACGUUUCUACUGGCCGUUCCUGGUCGUCGGAGACUUACAAUCCAGUGCCCGAUAUAUUACCCAAUGUGCCAUCCAGUAAUAAGUAUGAUGGCGGUUUCAUGGUCAAACUGAUCGCGAAGGAUUUGGGACUUGCGGAAGCUGCUGCGGUAUCAGUGAAUAGUCCAUUGCCAAUGACUGCGGCUGUGCAUCAAUUGUAUAGGGCAAUGAUGAAUCAUGGGCUCGGCGAUAAGGAUUUCUCUGUUAUUUAUCAGUUUUUGCAAGGGAAGAAACCUUGAAUCAAGGAAGCAAAAUAAACUAUGUUUAACUAUGCCUGUAACAA